ACCCGACCCGAGUCUAGCCGUGCGCGCGCCGGUAAGUUAGCUAACCGAUUCGUUAAUAAGGAUUCCUUUCUUCUGUGUAAUAUUAUUAAAGAGAGAAAGAAGAAAUGGCCAGUCAGUCACUGGACAUCGUAGCAAAGUCGCUGGAGCAGCAAAUGCUGCACUCAGCACAGAUCGUUGAGGAGCAGAUAGACGCUGAGCUGGACAAGCUAGAGCGCAUGGAUGAGGACGAACUUCAUUGUCUCAAGGAAAGGAGGCUGGAGGCUCUCAAGAAAGCCCAGAAACAGAAGCAGGAAUGGCUCUCUAAAGGCCAUGGUGAAUAUAGAGAGAUCCCAAGUGAGAAAGAUUUCUUUACUGAAGUUAAAGAAAGCAAGAAUGUGGUUUGCCAUUUCUACAGGGAUUCCACUUUCAGAUGCAAAAUUGUGGACAAACACUUGAGUGUCUUGGCAAAGAAGCAUUUGGAGACAAAGUUCAUCACAUUAAAUGUAGAGAAGGCUCCCUUCCUAACCGAGAGGCUUAGGAUUAAAGUUAUUCCUACACUAGCACUGGUGAAAGAUGGGAAAACGAAGGACUACGUAGUAGGCUUCACUGAUCUCGGUAACACCGAUGAAUUCACAACUGAAAUGCUGGAGUGGAGACUGGGCUGUUCAGAUAUCAUCAACUACAGUGGAAAUCGCUUAGAGCCACCUACGCUGGAUCAGAAACCAGGGACAAAGUUCACCAAGCUGGAGAAAAAGACGAUCAGAGGGAAAGCUUAUGACUCUGACUCUGAUGAAGAUUAGAAAACGUUUUCCACAGGCCUUCCUAGAGUCUUUGUAAAACUAACUUAGGUUUGUUCCUCUGUCUUCUUUGUAUACCUCAAUUUCAUUUCAUUUCCAUAUUUCCUAUUAAACCCUUGCUUCAUGACAAAUGUGCUUUCAGAAACACACGACUGCAUUUUCCUUUAUACACCAUGUAGGCAGGGAAAUCUUUACUCCAGUGGUCUUGUCUACCUGGUUUCGAACUGAAAGAAGUGGAGCCUUUGCACUUUAAAUAACAGCAUUGCGUAUUGGACAGAGUAAAAAAAAAAAGUACUAACAGCAUAUGUACAGAUCAGAGCAAUCAGCACAGAUGUUUGAAUCGGUGAAGCUGAUGUUUCCUGAAUUCUGGCAGUAGCAAUGCUCACUUAUUUCAAAGUGGCUUUAUUUGAGUUUAAAGUGAAAGGUUGUUACCAGGGUUAUGGGGACUCAUGUGGUAAUAAGCAUGAGGUACUUAAAUGUGUAUUUUUAUGAUGUAAUUCUAUUUGGUUCCUGUAAUUAAUUUAUUACUUUCACAUCACAUUCACCCAAAACUAGAGUUCAGCUCUAGGGCUUCAUGAAGAUCAGAAAAGUGCCAACAAGUUACCAUUACUGUAAUCACUGCAGUUUGACAUUUUGAUUUUCUUUAUUUUUUAUAGCACUAAAUGAAUACUCAUUAAAAGAAACUCCAACGCUUCACUGUCAA